CGCUCGAUCGUCCCGUCCUGACGCUGCUCGCUGCUACUCGCUCAGGUUGCUCCACGUCAUCCUUCCUCUCCCUUUCUAGUUGUAAAUAAAAACAAAAAACCUGUUUCCAAAGCCAAGAUGUCAGUGACUGAAGAAAGAAUACAGGAGCUGAACCGGCGUUUCUUGGAUUUCAUGAGCAAACCAGAAAACGUCGAGGCAGCCACAAAAGAGAUUUACGAGGACUUGUUGGAUGAGGUUCUGAUGGGCUUUGUCUUUGAUAUGCAUCGUACAACGAAGACUGGUAGUUCUGACGUCGAGGAAGGCAUUCCCGAUGAUAAAUCUUACGCCAUUGUCGAUUCGCCCGGUCUAGAUGUGUUCGGCCAACAUCCAAUGAAGAAAUCCCAAGAAUGCAAUUGUCCGAAUUGCGAGCGCGGCGUGGCAGCAUGCAGAUUUGCCACUCAUCUGGCAAAAUGCAUGGGUAUGGGCAGGAACAGCUCGCGUAUUGCAUCACUUCGUAUCGCGAAUAACUCCAAGGAUCUGAACAAUUACGGCGGCGUUCUGAGCGACGACGACGAUGACGUUGACUGGAGUCUGACCAAUGACAGUGGCAACAAGCGCAAACGUCCACGGAAGGAUCGCAACGGCGUGAGCAAACGCUCGGGCAAGCAGCAAAAACAACAGGGUAAUACCGCUGCUGGUGGUAGCGGUGCGCAGAGAAAUGGUGAGACUACCACUAUUGUCGGCGGCAGCGGUGGCGAGCACAACGUGCAUAGUAGCAACGAGAGCUCGCCAUCGAAUUACGAGAAUAUGUCGCUUGUAGACAAACGGGCACUGCUUACGCAAAUAUGCGGAGUCGUAUCCGAGCACACAAAAAAACUAUGUACCAGAUCGGUACGCUGUCCUCAGCAUACCGACGAUCAGCGUAAGGAGAUACGUGCCAAUCUUGAGUCCAAUGGUCAGGACAACCUUCACGUCGACGUGGAUACGUACGAGGAGAACGAUAGCCAAAAUCUUCGCGAUACGUUAACGAGAUGGGACCGAGAGGGUUCGAGUCAUUCUAGCCCGGCCGAUUCGGCCUCAACCACGUCGACCUCAUCAAUCAGCCGAAAACGAGAGACCAAAUCCAAAGGCAAGGGGAAGGCCUCGUCGAAACGUGAUCGCGGUUCCCCAAUUUCGCAGGGUGACUGAGGGAAUAAGGAAUGGUCUAGAAUUUUUUCUCGGUCUGAGAGCGUUUCUGAUUCCAGAGUCGGUCCUCGGCAAAAAAACAUUGUACGAUAAUGUUCCUACGGGUGUACAUAAUUUGAAAGUAGACUAAUUCUCCUGGGUAAUCGCGCCGUUUACGUAAUAUUUAAUUUUAAGUAUUACAUUUAAGUAUCCACGAUCCUUUUGUAACUAUCAUUUUUAAGAAAAUAAAUAACGAAUGUCAGAAUGAAA